AUGUUAGCUGCGCGUAAGCGGGCUCCUUUCGGUUCAUGGCAGUCGACUAUCACCAGUUCGUUGAUAACUGAUUCGUCUGUCGUUCUUUUGGAAUUACAUCUUGAUCAGCAAAAUGAUUAUAAAGAUACGGUGUAUUGGAGUGAAUAUCACAGUGAUCUUGAGCAAAGCAUUAUAUUUUCGAAGAAGCAGAACGAUCACAUAAUGCGAUGGACGCCUCCGAGGUUCAGCGUCGACAGUAAAGUUCAUGAAUAUGGCGGUGGCUCUUUUUUCGUCUGCGAACGCCACGUCUAUUUUUGCAACGCCUUCGAUCAGAGAAUUUACCGCCAAGGUGGUCCUCUCUCUGCGCCGUUUCCAAUAACACAUCCGUGCGACAGUCGCUUUGCCGAUGGUUACGUGUUCAAGAGUACUGCAGCGGACUUUUAUGCGAGCCCUAAAAUUUCUCCAGACGGGAAGUUGAUAGUAUGGAUGCAAUGGAAUCUCCCUAAUAUGCCUUGGGACAGUACUGAAAUUUGGAUGGCUGAUUUGGACUCUGAUGCAAAUAUUUGCUCAUGUACCUCUCGUAAAAUCGCUGGUGGCGACGAUGUCAAUUUUAUGCAGCCAAAAUUUUCCUUAGAACAGAGCGUCUUUUGUAUUUCAGAUAGAGGUGGCUUCUGGAACUUAUAUCAGUGUUUUGGUUCCGGUCACUGGGAAAACGUGUACGAAAUGGACAUGGAAGGUGGUUACCCGCAGUGGAACUUUGCUGCAGAUACUUAUUCUUUUGAUCCUCGUGUUCGUCUGCCGUUUUUCAGUAUAGCUACCGUUUUCGAUGAGCAUUUGUAUAUAAUCGAUUCUGAAAGGAAGACCUGCGAACUGCAACCAACGACAUAUUCACAUCACCAAUACAUCUGUUUUGGCUUGAAUAAAUCGAUCUACUGUCUGGCAUCAGAUGCGCUGCGUUUUCCAGCGAUUAUCCGAUGGGACGUUGUCGGUCAGACGGUCGAGAUUAUUCGUGAAUCACGCCCGGCUCUUGACUCCUCUUUGAUCAGUGUUCCCAAAGCUUUAACAUUUUCAACGGGUGUGCUACCGACAGAAAAGGUGUACGUAAAUUUCUACGCUCCUUUAAAUCCCCUUUACGAAGGUGAGGCUGGAACGUUGCCGCCUUUGGUGGUGAUGCCGCAUUCUGGUCCAACGUCGCGCACUUGCAAUUGUUUGAAUCUGAAGGUGCAGUAUUACACCUCGCGUGGUUUCGCCGUGGCUACCGUUGAUUAUCGUGGCUCCACGGGUUACGGAAAGGCGUUUCGGGAUGCGUUGAAGAAGAAUUACGGCGUUUACGACUACCUGGAUUGCUGUAGUGCCGCGUUGUCACUGGUCGAACUUCAUUUGGUGAACCCGGAAAAGUUGUGCAUUACAGGCCGCUCUUCAGGUGGUUAUGUCGUGCUUUGCGCACUGGUGACUAAUAAGGUUUUUCAUGCCGGAGCUUGUCACUUUGGAAUAUGCGACUUGAUUGCGUUACAAGAAGAGACGCAUAAAUUUGAAUCAGGUUAUAAUGAUCUUCUGAUUGGUCCUUUUGAAGAUUCCGGUAAGACCUACAGCAUAAGAUCUCCAUGUUCCUACAUCAACGAAAUGAAAACACCAGUGGCGUUUUUUCACGGCGCUGACGACAAAGUUGUACCUCCGGGACAGAUCAUAAAGUUUUUUGAAUCUCUCAAGAAGAAUAAAGUACCAUGUUCUUUAACGAUUUUCGAAAAGGAGGGCCAUGGCUAUCGAAUACCUGCAAAUAUCAGAUUCUCGGCCGAUGGCGAAUACUUCUUCUUCUGUACUAUCUUAGGAAUCAAGCCUUUUGUGCCGGAAAAUUUCUCGAUCGUAUGGCCUGUUCGCACGUAA